CGCAAUCGCGGUGCGACUUCCAAUACUGGCUGACGACGAUAGGAGGCGAGCAUCGAACUCCACGUUCAUUUAACUCUAAUAUCCGUUUCCCUUUGCUCCUCAAACUCGCCGACCCGGCCACCUAAUCAUCCCUACGUAUCCUGUACCUAGCCGGUCUUACCUUCGCCGUCGCAGAGCAGCCCCUGACUCGCCCGACCCUCUCCAUGAUUUGAUUUGAUUCGGUUCGACUUGUCCAGUGCCGUCUGUUGUGUCCAUCCUCCCGCACCCCUCUGAUUCGCAAGCCUGGCCAGCAACGCGGCAACAUUCGAUAGGCGCCCAACAUGGCCACCAUACGCAGCCUUGACCAUACCAAGUCCGAGGCCGAGCUGGCCAUCAACAUCAAGAAGGCGACAAGUCCCGAGGAAUCCGCACCGAAGCGCAAGCAUGUUCGAAGCUGCAUCGUCUACACAUGGGACCACAAGUCCUCCCAGUCCUUCUGGGCUGGGCUCAAGGUUCAGCCCAUCUUGGCCGACGAGGUCCAAACGUUCAAGGCCCUGAUCACGGUCCACAAGGUUCUCCAAGAAGGACAUCCCAUCACAUUGAAGGAGGCAAUGGCGAACAGAGGGUGGAUCGAUAGCUUGAACCGCGGAAUGGCCGGUGAGGGCAUGCGCGGCUACGGCCCCCUGAUCAAGGAAUACGUCUACUACCUACUCGCCAAACUUUCCUUCCAUAAGCAGCAUCCAGAGUUCAAUGGCACCUUCGAGUACGAGGAAUACAUCAGCCUCAAGGCGAUUAACGACCCCAACGAGGGCUACGAAACCAUUACCGACCUCAUGACCCUUCAAGACAAGAUCGACCAGUUCCAGAAGCUGAUCUUCUCUCACUUCCGCAACGUGGGAAACAACGAAUGCAGGAUCUCUGCGCUUGUUCCCCUCGUCACCGAAAGCUACGGCAUUUACAAGUUCAUCACUAGCAUGCUCCGGGCAAUGCAUUCAACCACCGGCGACAACGACGCUCUUGAGCCUCUCCGCCAGAGAUACGACGCCCAGCACUACCGCCUCGUAAAGUUCUACUACGAAUGCUCCAAUCUUCGCUACCUCACGAGCCUCAUUACCAUCCCGAAGCUGCCGCAGGAACCACCAAACCUGCUAGCAGAGGACGAGAAUGCGCCAGCGCUGCCCGCGCGUCCUAAGCAGGAGAUCGAGAAGAAGCCAACUCCUCCGCCACCAGCCCCGAAGUCUGACGAGCCUGAUGAGAUCUCAGAGUUCUGGAAGAGUGAGCUUGACCGGCAGAACCGGGAGUACGAAGAGCAGCAGCGAGUAUUGGAGGCUCAGCAGCAGGCAGCACUUCUCGCGCAACAACAAGCGCAACUCCAGGCGCAGCGCGACUUCGAGGAGCAGCAGCAGCGGCUAUUGGAACAGCAGCAGCGGGAGCAGGAGGCGCUGAGAGCCCAGCAGGCGCAAUGGCAGACCCAAGGCCGGCUCGCCGAGCUUGAGCAAGAGAAUCUCAAUGCGCGGGCGCAGUAUGAACGCGAUCAACUGAUGCUCCAGCAGUAUGACCAACGAGUUAAGGCCCUCGAAAGCGAGCUGUCACAGAUUCAGGGUAACUUUGGGCAGCAAGUAGCGAGCAAGGAUGAACAAAUCAAGGCUCUCCAAGAGCAGGUCAACACAUGGAGGACCAAGUACGAAGCCCUUGCCAAACUUUACUCUCAGCUUCGCCACGAGCACCUCGACCUGCUGCAAAAAUUCAAGUCAGUCCAGCUCAAGGCCGCUUCUGCCCAAGAGGCUAUUGACCGGCGAGAGAAGCUGGAGCGCGAGAUCAAGACCAAGAACCUCGAGCUGGCCGACAUGAUUCGGGAACGGGAUCGGGCCCUUCACGAGAGGGACAGGCUACAGGGCUCCAACAAGGAUGAGGUAGAAAAGCUGAAGCGAGAGCUUCGCAUGGCUCUGGAUCGGGCAGACAAUCUGGAGCGAAGCAAGGGCAAUGAGCUCUCGACCAUGCUCUCCAAGUACAACCGCGAAAUGGCCGAUCUCGAGGAGGCACUGCGUAACAAGUCGCGGGCGCUGGAAGAAGCCCAGGCGAAAUUGAGGGACGGAAGUUCGGACCUCGAGGCGCUUCUCCGGGAAAAGGAGGAGGAACUUGAAGUGUACAAGGCCGGCAUGGAUCAGACGCUGAUCGAGCUCAAUGAGCUGAAGAACAACCAGGGCACAUCCGAUCAAGUGCUCGAUAGCCAGCUCGAUGCCCUGGUCCUCGCCCAACUAAACAAGAUCAACGAGAUUAUUGAUUCGGUGCUCCAGGCCGGCGUGCAGCGCGUCGAUGAUGCCAUAUACGAGCUUGACUCGACGAUGCAAGCUGGUAACCAGAAUGCCUCACCCUCGUUCGUCCUUUCGCAGAUCGAAAAGGCGUCCGCCAGCGCCACUGAAUUUGCGACGUCAUUCAACAAUUUCAUUGCCGACGGGCCCAACAGCACUCAUGCAGACCUGAUCAAGAACGUCAACGUGUUUGCUGGUGCCAUUGCAGACGUCUGCGGCAACGCCAAGGGUCUCACGCGUCUCGCGACCGAUGAGAGGAAGAGCGAUGCGCUGAUCAAUGGCGCUCGCCAGUCGGCUCACUCCACGGUCCAGUUUUUCCGCAGCUUGCUGAGUUUCCGGUUGGAAGGCAUGGAUCCUCUGCAGAAGGCGGACGUCGUGAUCAACAGCAAUCAUGAAGUCCAGAUGCACCUGCAGAAGCUCAACAAGUCGGUUGAGGCCUUCGUCCCGGGCUUUGGCAAGCUUGCCACUAAGGGCGACUUGGGCGAGAUUGUCGAUCAGGAACUGACCAAGGCGGCCGAUGCGAUUGAGGCGGCGGUCGCCCGUCUCAACAAGCUCAAGAGCAAGCCACGCGAUGGCUAUUCGACCUACGAACUUCGGGUGCACGAUUCGAUUCUGGAUGCUGCCAUGGCAAUCACCACAGCGAUUGCCCAGCUGAUCAAGGCGGCCACUGUCACGCAGCAGGAGAUUGUGCAGGCCGGGCGAGGCUCAUCGUCGCGCACGGCGUUCUACAAGAAGAACAACAGAUGGACCGAGGGGCUCAUCUCGGCUGCCAAGGCCGUUGCGACUUCGACCAAUACGCUCAUCGAGACGGCGGAUGGCGUUCUGUCCAACCGCAAAAGCCCGGAGCAGCUCAUCGUGGCGUCCAACGAUGUGGCAGCGUCGACUGCUCAGCUCGUGGCCGCCAGCCGUGUCAAGGCAGGCUUCAUGAGCAAGAGCCAGGAGAACUUGGAGCAGGCCAGCAAAGCUGUGGGCGCCGCCUGCCGCGCUCUCGUCCGGCAGGUUCAGAGCAUGAUCAAGGAUCGCAACGCCGAGGAGGAGCAGGUCGACUACUCGAAGCUGGGCGCCCAUGAGUUCAAAGUGCGCGAGAUGGAGCAGCAGGUUGAAAUCCUUAAACUCGAGAACGCUCUGUCUGCGGCACGUCACCGGCUUGGCGAGAUGCGCAAGAUCUCGUACCAGGAGGAGUAAGGGGCGGUGGUGCGUAUGAAUCGGAGGUUGUCGCGGGGCAGGGUAGCAGCGGUUGAUUCCUAUUCCACUUCUCUUUUGCCGUACUUAAUUUGAACCACUGUGGCGACGUUUCCUGGUGCUUCGCAUCGUUCUCGUUCGAUGUCGGCGAGGCUCGACCCUCCACUUUGUGUCGAGAUAUGGGAACCAAUCCCCUUGCUAAUGCAAGUCGGCAAACACAAGCGCCGUACUGUGUACAACUGAUCCGGCCAACUCCGAUCGGAUGAACCCUUUUCGCUUCGCUGC